AUGUCUUCCAGAAUAUUAAAAGAACACGAAGAGGAGCGAAUUACUACUGAUAUGUUCCAAGACCUGUUUAGAAUGACAUUACAACGCGAAGAUGAAAACCAAGUCGACGAGGUCGGCGAUCGAGAGCUGAGUCUUUUCGUCACCCAAAACGAUGAAAUUCAACAGUCGAUCUGGAGUGAGAUUCUGGCACCAGAAAAUAGAGGAUUGACAGAUGAAUUCGAUUUCAGAUUCUACGCAAGAUAUCCGACCGAUACAAUCGAAGCCCUUGGUGAAAGCGUACAUGAAAUUGAAUCCAUUACAAUGCCAUCCAGAAUCAUUCCUGGUUUCGGCCAGGGUGCACGACCCAACAUACCUAUCCUGGAAUAUCUCAGACAAUGGCAUCAAGAGCACGAGGAACCUUUUCCCUUUCAUCGUCUGACUCAUUGUAUUAUCGAAGAUCCUACUUGUCACCCCAUGGCCACAGACCACAGACUGUUCUCACCUGAAUAUUGUACAUACGUACGCCAACAAGUCGUAGAAUUUUCCGAGAGGAAAAUCGACGACAUCCUGAAGUCAGGAUUCCCAGAGUUAUUGCUUACUCUCAACGCACGGGACCUGACAGCUGCAGCGAUUGCGAUGCAGAUAUUAGAAGAAGACGGCUAG